AUGCCAGAGACAUAUGAAGAGGCCAGCUGUGGAGGUGUAUCUUCAGACAGAGCAGUGCUUGUGGUGUUUACCAAAGACAAACCAUUGGGUAACCUCCAUGGAUAUCCCAACCUGAUCCAGAUGGUGGAGACCUCCAAGUAUGUAACAAAGGACACUGCUAGUAAGAGGCUAAGGAAGAACAGAAAUCUGAAACACAACAUGAUCAUGGACAACUUCCCCACCAGACACAUUGAGGAUGGAGGGUCUGGGAGACCCCUAUGCAGAAGGGUGGACAUGAUUGUGGAUUUUGAAAAGAUAGGUUGGGGUGAACAGAUCAUCUACCCCAAGAAAUUUAAUGCCUACAGGUGUGAGGGAACCUGCCCAAUCCCCUUGAAUGAUAUCUUCAAGCCGACAAAUCACGCUUACAUAAAGAGUCUGGUGAAGUUGUAUGAUUCAGAUAGAGUAGGAUGCUCCUCCUGUGUUCCUGUGAAGAUGAGGCCCAUGUCCAUGCUGAUGUAUGAAGAAGGAGACGUGGUGAUGAAGCAUCAUGAAGAUAUGAUUGUGGAAGAAUGUGGAUGUCAUUAAGAAAGGAAACAUAUAUAUAUUAUAUAUGUAGAAUAAAAGACCAAAAGAUCUAUUCUUCUAACAUCGAAAGGCUUCGUAAUCAUCAUCAUCAAAUCUGAUAGACAGCAGAAUAAUGGAUCUGCAAGAGUCUAGAGUUGGAGUCAUCUGAGAGGAAAAAGAUGACAUUGUAAUAAAGGGGGUGAGAUGUUAAAGGGGGUUUCCAGGACUUUCUUAUUGGCCCCAA